GUCCUAGACCCACUCGGGAGUGACCCACACGGUUAGUAGCCCAAUAAUAUGUAUGAAAAAUGUCAAAAUAAGUGAUAGAAUGACUAAGGAAGAAUACAAAUGCCUAUAGCCCCAUCUUUGACAUUAUUGAGCUAAAUAAUGGGAGUAGGUUUUUCUUCUAUAGUAUUCAUCAUGUAAAUUAUUGGGAUGAUCCUACACAUGGUUGAGACCAAUAAAAUGAUGUAGGGAGUUGACUUGGUCUAUAUAAAUUAUAAGGAGUACAAAAAGACAUCUCAUGACAAGGAUAAAACAAUAGGGUCCAUCUUUUCAUUUUGGAAGUAUUGGUAGGUAUUUUGGACCCCAAAUUGAAUGGGAUCAUUUGGGAACCAUCCCACAUGACCUUGGUACCUGCAAGACAAAGAAAAAUGGGUGAGACAACUAUGUGGGGCGGACAUUUGACUUGAGAGCUACAACAUUACAAAAAGGAAAUAAAAGAGGAGGUCCACACCAUGUUUAAUUGCAAUCAAACACCCUACCCUUUCUUUUUGUGAACCACAUGCUUAGAUAUCAUUUUGAGAGCUCCUAAACACCUCCCCCUCACCCCUCAUUCGAACUCCCAAGGAUAAGGGAGAAGGAGAGAGCCACACAACCAAGAGAGCAAGAGAAAGGGGAAGCUGCCGCAGGUCCAUUUUCCAGUGCGUUGGGUUGCUUGUUUGGUUCAUAUCUCGAGCUAUACUUAUCCAAAUAAGGCGUGUGAGGUGCCCAAAGAAAGAUCUCAAGAAGAGGAAUCCGUGAAGGCGUGGUUUGCAGAAAACGGAGUAGUGGAAGACCUCCAAAUCGUCCGAACAAAACGCAACCUCGCAGAUUACGUUUUUGUAUUCAAAGCUAGGGAACGAAUUCGCCGGAAAAGCGCCCGUUCUAGGGGCUGUUUUUGUAUCGACAUUUAGGGGUUGAGAUAGCACUUUGAAGAGGCUGUUUAACAAUCAUAUUUAAGCAAGGAAUCAGUUCUUAACCCACCUUGACCGAAGCUUUGACCAUUGGAUCAAGAAGGAAGAGUUUAAAGCUCAAUUGAGGUGAGGAUCGACAUCUAAUUGCUUACAACUUGUAGGUUAAGCAUGAGAUUACCUAAAUGCCUAAAUCAUAAUUUUUCAUGGAUUAUGAUGAUUAAAUAUUGAUGAAAUAUUGAUAUGGUUCCCAAAGAAUGAAAUUGGAAAUGAUUUGAGGAUGUAUGUAUAAUAUGAGAUUAAAUGAGUUAUAAAUGAACUAUUUUGUGAAAUAGGAAUUUUACUCAUGUAUUAAACAUGUGGAUACAUAAAUGGAUAUUAUGUAUUGAAGUGGAAUAUUUAAGUUGAUGCUACAUACUUAUAAAUAUGUAGAGAAUUACAAAAUGAAGAUAUUUGUAUAAUGGCAAUAAUCUUAAUAGUAUUGAAAAUACUAAUUAGUGAUUAUUUGAAAUUGUUGAUAGAAUUGAUCCUAAGUAUUGGAUUGUAUGGAAUGAACUUGAAUGUACUUCAAGUGUAUAAAAUGACUUAGUAUGAAACUAAGGGCAUGUUAUGGGCGGUCAUUGAGAAUGACCCGAGGUAGAUUAUUGAGAUGUCAAUUCUAGGCAUAGGGUUGCUUAGGAAUUGGACUAUAAUGAAGAAUUAGAGCCGGACUUUGUGAUUUGCAUGGAAAUGUAGUUGGUCCGAGACCUUGCCAUGUAAAUUGUGAUUUGCAUAGAAAUGUAGUUGGUCCGAGACCUUGCUAUGCAAAUGUGAUAGGAUGUAAUUGCGAUUUGCAUGGAAAUGUAGUUGGUCCGAGACCUUGCCAUGUAAAUUGUGAUUUGCAUAGAAAUGUAGUUGGUCUGAGACCUUGCUAUGCAAAUGUGAUAGAAUGUAAAUUGUGAUUUGCAUAGAAAUGUAGUUGGUCCGAGACCUUGCUAUGCAAAUGUGAUAGGACGCAAAUGUAAUAUAACGAACUUGACAUAAAGGAUUGCAUAGAAAUGUAGUUGGGCCGAGCCCUUGCUAUGCGAUGGUAAUGUAAUGAACUCUAUGAAUUGUCGUGGCUCAUGGUCACGGGGAAUGGGAAUGGCGAUUUCUAAAUGAACAUGGGCCCACGGGCCGACUACUUGACUUUUAUAUAAAGUAAGUAUAUUUUCAAACGAGGUAACUUGGGGUUACCACUAUAUUGUAUUAUCACCCUAUUUGAGGGUCUUGUGUUUGAAAUACUUGUUGUAUAUCCCUUAGAUGCCAUCCACACCAGCACUUUAUAGCCCUAUAGAGUGCUGACCCCUUCGGGGGCGUCCCACCACCAUUUUUCAGGUUGAGGCUAGAGCUUGCUUCCUGUGCCCGUUGCUCGGGUGAUCCUUUGGAGAGAAGACGUGGUUCGUGCUUUCUCCAUUCCGUUUUGAACAAUAUUAAACAUGCUCAUGGAUAUUUUACUUUAGAGCCUGCGUGCUCAUGAAUAGCCCUGUGUGGCCCUUUUGUUUUAAACAAUGUUUUCCGCUGCGUUAUGAAUUACUUAUUAUGUUUGUUUAUGGAUGUUAUACGUGUGAAUGAUAUUCAAGACGCCUUGUAUAAUAUGAAUGUGUUGGACUGCGGUUGACUAUUCGUAUUGUACGGCGGGUUGUUGACGUGUCCGGGGAGGUCCGGGGCGUGACAAUUAAGUUGGUAUCAGAGCCUUAGUCCAUAAACUUCAUAAUGAAGUCUCAAAAUUCUCUUUUUGAAAAGAUUUUGAAAACCAUGAGCAUAGAAGUUUUGUACUUGGAGAGCUUUUGGUAUUUGGGUUGCAAGGUCUCUAAUUGUUAAGAUGGUACCCUUAGCAAUUGGUAUGGCGGUGACUCGAGCCAAAAUGUGUCUUAAGUACCUAUCCGUCAAUUGACAUUUCAUGCGAGUCUAACGACUCUUUCCAAAAUUCUUUCAGAAAUGGACCGUGGUGGCAGGAUUACUAGGAGGAACCCGACCGGCCGUGUACCAGUGGAGACUGGACAGGGCAGUCGAAGGACCUCUAGGGAAUCUAGAGGGGCUGGCCGUGGAGGCCGAUCACAGACCGUGAGUGACGGUCAUGUCGACACAGAAAGUGAAACCUACUGGUCCUAUGAGGACUCGACUUACCAACCGGAAACCGAGCCGGUUGAGACCCCUUACGAAGGGGAUGACGAUGAUGUGAGUGAUGAAGAAGGGGAGAAUGACUCCCUAGCAAGAAUUGAGGCGCUGCUCCAGCAAUAUCAGCGGGAGCGGGAGGAAAGGAGGGAACGCCGAAGGCGCCGAGGAGGGCGAACUUCGGGAGGGGCUUCAAGGGGAAGAAGCCAUGGCGACUCUAGGGCCCACGUUGAACCACGUGGGGGCCGGGGUGAUGGAGGUCCAAUCAUAAGGAUCUCCAAGUACAUCAAAGAGGCACGAGACUUGGGGUGCAAACCGUUCGAUGGAACGGGUGACAUCUCCAUUUCGGCGCAGUGGAUCAAGAGGCUGAAUGAGGCGGCCCUGGACAUGCAACUCACCCCCGAAUAUAAGCUAAGGGUUGCGGUGAGGUUACUUGAAGGUAUGGCGUCCAAGUGGUGGGAUGGGACCAAAAGCAAAUAUGGUGAGACCGUCACUUGGGAGAAUUUCCGAGAGGAAUUCUUCGCACAAUACUACUCGGAUUUCGAGGUGAACAAGAAGGUGAGGGAAUACACCCUUCUAACCCAAGGGGGUAACAUGACGGUGAGGGAACUUGAGUUCAAGUUCAGGGAUCUUGCCGACUACAUACCUGAGUAUGCUUGUGAUGAGAAUCGGAUGGUGAACCACUUCUGGGAUGCUCUAGACUUGGAAAUACGCGAUAGGGCAACACAAUUGCCAAACAUGACGUUUGCUCAAGUGGUUGACCAAGGGUUGAAAGGGGAGAAACAGUGGGAGGAGAGGAAGAGGAGAGAUGCCGAAGAGGCGAAAAAGAGAAAGGGGGAGAGUCAUGGCCCUCAAGGUUCCAAUAAAAAGGGAAACCAUGGAGGAGGAUCUUUCCGAACACCACCGCCCCCACCUAAGGGGAACCAAGGCCCGAAUGGACAAGGAUCACGGACCUCGGGGGUAGCUCGGUGCAAUAAUUGCAAAAGGAGCCACUUUGGCAAGUGUCGUGACCCUCCUAAAUGCUUCCAAUGUGGGGAUGCCGGGCAUUUGAAGAUGAAUUGCCCACAAUUGGGUGGGUCAAGGUCAUCGGGACCAAGUAGCGGGGCUACGGGAACAAAAAACCAAGCCCGGGGUUCCCAAUUAACAAGGGGACAUGGGGGAGCAAACACGAGCAACGCGCCAUCCAUGAACCAAGGGAGGACCCAGGCUAGGGUCUAUGCGAUGACGGAGGCGGAUGCUCAAGCUAACCCGGACUCCGUCGCAGGUAUUGCCUCUCAUAUACUAGUGUUUUAUCCUUAAUUAGUCCAUAAAUUGAGGAUACUAAUCGCUAGGAUCAUUGCACGAGGUUUUGGGGUCGAACCGGGGGAUUUCGGGCAACUUCAGGCGGCUGGGACCCAGGCACGAUCGUGCCUAAGGCAGACACGAUCGUGCCUCCAAGUCAGUAGCUGCCCAGGAAUAUUCCCAGCCCAGGCACGAUCGUGCCUAAGGCAGACACGAUCGUGCCUACAAGGCAGUAACUGCCCAGGGCUUUUCUCCAAACCAGGCACGAUCGUGCCUAAGGCAGACACGAUCGUGCCUCCAAGUCAGUGGUUCCCAGGAUUUUUCCAACCCAGGCACGAUCGUGCCUAAGGCAGACACGAUCGUGCCUCCAAGGCAGUAGCCCCAGGGCGUUUUCCUGAGCCAGGCACGAUCGUGCCUACCCCGGGCACGCCGUGCCUGGCACCCAGAUUGCCGAAACCCGAUUUUUUCGCAUCGUUUUGCGACGUUAAGGCCUCUUCUUGAUCCCUAACGUGCGUGUGAACAUUGCAACCUUCUAUAAAUAAGUAGGGAGGGUAGGAAAGAUGCCUUACAUGGUUCAUGAAUGUAGGGACACUAAAGAUUAACGGGAAGGAUGCACGAAUCCUUAUCGAUACCGGAGCGCAACGUUCAUUCGUGAGUGAGGCGUUUGCCGAGAGCUUAGAGAUGCAAUCAAUACCAAUGACACAAACCUUAGUGGUAUCAGCCCCACUAGGGGAAGACGUUGAAAGAAACAAUUACUAUCCAUCUUGUAUGGUGGAAAUCGGUGGCCAAACCUUGACGUGUGAUUUCGUACCGCUGAGUAUGAUGGAGUUCGAUGCAAUCCUAGGGAUGGAUUGGCUAGAAAAGCAUCAUGCUAGGGUAGAUUGCUACACAAAGGUGUUGGAACUCGAAGGCACACAGGGGGACACCCUACGCUUCGAGGGGGACCGCGGCAAAUCAAAUAGUUGUAUCAUAUCCGCCGUGAGAGCGAGAAAUAUGAUGAGAAAAGGAUGCCACGCAUAUCUAGCAUACGUGGUUGAUAAAACCAAAGAGGAAACGAACAUCGAUGAUGUGAGGGUGGUUUGUAAAUAUCCGGAUGUCUUCCCUAAAGACCUACCGGGGCUUCCACCUGACAGGGAGAUUGAAUUUGUGAUCGAGGUCGAGCCUGGUACCAAACAAAUCUCCAUACCGCCAUACCGUAUGGCACCCGCUGAACUUAACGAGUUGAAAACCCAAUUGCAAGAGCUUUUGGAUAAUGGUUUCAUUAGACCCAGCCACUCCCCGUGGGGAGCACCAGUUCUUUUUGUGAAAAAGAAAGACGGGACGCUUCGAAUGUGCAUUGACUAUCGUCAACUGAAUAAGGUCACAAUCAAGAAUAGGUAUCCGUUGCCUAGGAUUGAUGACCUGUUUGAUCAACUACGAGGAGCAACCGUGUUUUCAAAGAUUGACUUGAGAUCGGGGUACCAUCAAUUGAAGAUUAAGGAAGAUGACAUACCAAAGAGUGCUUUCCGCACAAGGUAUGGGCAUUUCGAGUUCCUCGUUAUGUCGUUUGGGUUAACAAACGCCCCAGCGGCAUUCAUGGACUUGAUGAACCGAGUAUUCCAUAAAUACUUGGAUCGAUUCGUGAAUGUGUUCAUAGACGACAUCUUGAUUUACUCAAAGAGUGAAGAAGAGCAUGAGGAGCACUUGAUACUUGUUCUUGAGACACUACGGGAGAAGCAACUCUAUGCCAAAUUUUCUAAAUGUAAAUUUUGGCUAAAGGAGAUUGGCUUCCUCGGGCACGUGGUUUCAGGAUCGGGAAUUGCUGUUGAUAACAAGAAGAUAGAAGCCAUUACUGAAUGGGAGAGGCCAAAGAACGUCAAGGAAAUUCGUAGUUUCCUUGGAUUGGCAGGCUACUAUAGAAAGUUCGUGGAGAAGUUCUCUGUUUUGGCAUCGCCAUUGACGAAGCUCACUCGUAAAGGAGCUAAGUUUGUAUGGGAUGACAAAUGUGAGAAAGGGUUCAUGGAACUAAAUAAGAGAUUGACUGAGGCACCGGUACUUGCAUUACCCAAACAAGGUGUGGGGUACGAUGUCUAUAGCGAUGCGAGCAUCCAAGGGCUCGGAUGUGUACUGAUGCAGAAUGGGAGGGUAAUCGCCUAUGCUUCACGACAAUUGAAGAAGCAUGAGGUAAACUAUCCUACUCAUGAUUUAGAGCUGGAAGCAGUGGUGUUUGCAUUGAAGAUUUGGAGACACUAUCCCUACGGAGAGCCGUGUCACAUAUACGCUGAUCAUAAGAGCUUGAAAUACGUGUGUACUCAAAGGGGUUAAACAUGAGACGACGACGGUGGAUGGAGUUGAUAAAGGACUACCAUCUAGUUAGUGAGUACCAUCCAGGUAAGGCAAACGUUGUAGCAGAUGCCCUCAGUCAGAAGAGUUCGUCUGAGGCAUUGCUGACUAGUUUGAGGGCAUUGAGAGCCCAAUUGGAUGUAUAUCCGCCUGUAGAGGUACGUGAGGAUGUGAACUACGCUGUGCAACCGAUUAAGGUCAUUGAUAGAAAGGUGAAGAAACUGAGGAGUAAAGAAGUCCCAAUGGUUAAAGUCCUUGGAAGAGCGAUCGCGUCGAAUAAGAGACAUAGGAAAUAGAGGCUUUGAUGAGGGAGUAGUAUGCUUCCCUAUUUGAGUAGAGUUGCGAAUUUCGGGGACGAAAUUCCUGUUAAGGGGGGGUGAACUUGUGACACCGCACCCGAACGUCCUUGAAAAACUCAAUAAAAAAAAAAAAAUUAAUUUCUAUGUAUUGAAUUUUCGGUUUCCAAACAAUUGUAAAACGAUUAAUGUUUUACGUAGCGCAUGAUUGAUUUUUGUAUUGUUCAAACUCGUAUAUUAGUAUCGGGUUUGCAAAUACUUAUUUGGGCCUUAAUAAUGAACAUAAGAGCCCAACAUUAUCUAAAUAAUGUUACAUAAUCUUUCAAGACAAUUUGAGGAAGGUCGGGCGGCCCAAACAUUAAUUUGGGCCCAACCUGCUAAAAAUAGCAAGUAUUCGAGAAUGGCGUCCUAGACCCACUCGGGAGUGACCCACACGGUUAGUAGCCCAAUAAUAUGUAUGAAAAAUGUCAAAAUAAGUGAUAGAAUGACUAAGGAAGAAUACAAAUGCCUAUAGCCCCAUCUUUGACAUUAUUGAGCUAAAUAAUGGGAGUAGGUUUUUCUUCUAUAGUAUUCAUCAUGUAAAUUAUUGGGAUGAUCCUACACAUGGUUGAGACCAAUAAAAUGAUGUAGGGAGUUGACUUGGUCUAUAUAAAUUAUAAGGAGUACAAAAAGACAUCUCAUGACAAGGAUAAAACAAUAGGGUCCAUCUUUUCAUUUUGGAAGUAUUGGUAGGUAUUUUGGACCCCAAAUUGAAUGGGAUCAUUUGGGAACCAUCCCACAUGACCUUGGUACCUGCAAGACAAAGAAAAAUGGGUGAGACAACUAUGUGGGGCGGACAUUUGACUUGAGAGCUACAACAUUACAAAAAGGAAAUAAAAGAGGAGGUCCACACCAUGUUUAAUUGCAAUCAAACACCCUACCCUUUCUUUUUGUGAACCACAUGCUUAGAUAUCAUUUUGAGAGCUCCUAAACACCUCCCCCUCACCCCUCAUUCGAACUCCCAAGGAUAAGGGAGAAGGAGAGAGCCACACAACCAAGAGAGCAAGAGAAAGGGGAAGCUGCCGCAGGUCCAUUUUCCAGUGCGUUGGGUUGCUUGUUUGGUUCAUAUCUCGAGCUAUACUUAUCCAAAUAAGGCGUGUGAGGUGCCCAAAGAAAGAUCUCAAGAAGAGGAAUCCGUGAAGGCGUGGUUUGCAGAAAACGGAGUAGUGGAAGACCUCCAAAUCGUCCGAACAAAACGCAACCUCGCAGAUUACGUUUUUGUAUUCAAAGCUAGGGAACGAAUUCGCCGGAAAAGCGCCCGUUCUAGGGGCUGUUUUUGUAUCGACAUUUAGGGGUUGAGAUAGCACUUUGAAGAGGCUGUUUAACAAUCAUAUUUAAGCAAGGAAUCAGUUCUUAACCCACCUUGACCGAAGCUUUGACCAUUGGAUCAAGAAGGAAGAGUUUAAAGCUCAAUUGAGGUGAGGAUCGACAUCUAAUUGCUUACAACUUGUAGGUUAAGCAUGAGAUUACCUAAAUGCCUAAAUCAUAAUUUUUCAUGGAUUAUGAUGAUUAAAUAUUGAUGAAAUAUUGAUAUGGUUCCCAAAGAAUGAAAUUGGAAAUGAUUUGAGGAUGUAUGUAUAAUAUGAGAUUAAAUGAGUUAUAAAUGAACUAUUUUGUGAAAUAGGAAUUUUACUCAUGUAUUAAACAUGUGGAUACAUAAAUGGAUAUUAUGUAUUGAAGUGGAAUAUUUAAGUUGAUGCUACAUACUUAUAAAUAUGUAGAGAAUUACAAAAUGAAGAUAUUUGUAUAAUGGCAAUAAUCUUAAUAGUAUUGAAAAUACUAAUUAGUGAUUAUUUGAAAUUGUUGAUAGAAUUGAUCCUAAGUAUUGGAUUGUAUGGAAUGAACUUGAAUGUACUUCAAGUGUAUAAAAUGACUUAGUAUGAAACUAAGGGCAUGUUAUGGGCGGUCAUUGAGAAUGACCCGAGGUAGAUUAUUGAGAUGUCAAUUCUAGGCAUAGGGUUGCUUAGGAAUUGGACUAUAAUGAAGAAUUAGAGCCGGACUUUGUGAUUUGCAUGGAAAUGUAGUUGGUCCGAGACCUUGCCAUGUAAAUUGUGAUUUGCAUAGAAAUGUAGUUGGUCCGAGACCUUGCUAUGCAAAUGUGAUAGGAUGUAAUUGCGAUUUGCAUGGAAAUGUAGUUGGUCCGAGACCUUGCCAUGUAAAUUGUGAUUUGCAUAGAAAUGUAGUUGGUCUGAGACCUUGCUAUGCAAAUGUGAUAGAAUGUAAAUUGUGAUUUGCAUAGAAAUGUAGUUGGUCCGAGACCUUGCUAUGCAAAAUGUGAUAGGACGCAAAUGUAAUAUAACGAACUUGACAUAAAGGAUUGCAUAGAAAUGUAGUUGGGCCGAGCCCUUGCUAUGCGAUGGUAAUGUAAUGAACUCUAUGAAUUGUCGUGGCUCAUGGUCACGGGGAAUGGGAAUGGCGAUUUCUAAAUGAACAUGGGCCCACGGGCCGACUACUUGACUUUUAUAUAAAGUAAGUAUAUUUUCAAACGAGGUAACUUGGGGUUACCACUAUAUUGUAUUAUCACCCUAUUUGAGGGUCUUGUGUUUGAAAUACUUGUUGUAUAUCCCUUAGAUGCCAUCCACACCAGCACUUUAUAGCCCUAUAGAGUGCUGACCCCUUCGGGGGCGUCCCACCACCAUUUUUCAGGUUGAGGCUAGAGCUUGCUUCCUGUGCCCGUUGCUCGGGUGAUCCUUUGGAGAGAAGACGUGGUUCGUGCUUUCUCCAUUCCGUUUUGAACAAUAUUAAACAUGCUCAUGGAUAUUUUACUUUAGAGCCUGCGUGCUCAUGAAUAGCCCUGUGUGGCCCUUUUGUUUUAAACAAUGUUUUCCGCUGCGUUAUGAAUUACUUAUUAUGUUUGUUUAUGGAUGUUAUACGUGUGAAUGAUAUUCAAGACGCCUUGUAUAAUAUGAAUGUGUUGGACUGCGGUUGACUAUUCGUAUUGUACGGCGGGUUGUUGACGUGUCCGGGGAGGUCCGGGGCGUGACAAUUAAGUUGGUAUCAGAGCCUUAGUCCAUAAACUUCAUAAUGAAGUCUCAAAAUUCUCUUUUUGAAAAGAUUUUGAAAACCAUGAGCAUAGAAGUUUUGUACUUGGAGAGCUUUUGGUAUUUGGGUUGCAAGGUCUCUAAUUGUUAAGAUGGUACCCUUAGCAAUUGGUAUGGCGGUGACUCGAGCCAAAAUGUGUCUUAAGUACCUAUCCGUCAAUUGACAUUUCAUGCGAGUCUAACGACUCUUUCCAAAAUUCUUUCAGAAAUGGACCGUGGUGGCAGGAUUACUAGGAGGAACCCGACCGGCCGUGUACCAGUGGAGACUGGACAGGGCAGUCGAAGGACCUCUAGGGAAUCUAGAGGGGCUGGCCGUGGAGGCCGAUCACAGACCGUGAGUGACGGUCAUGUCGACACAGAAAGUGAAACCUACUGGUCCUAUGAGGACUCGACUUACCAACCGGAAACCGAGCCGGUUGAGACCCCUUACGAAGGGGAUGACGAUGAUGUGAGUGAUGAAGAAGGGGAGAAUGACUCCCUAGCAAGAAUUGAGGCGCUGCUCCAGCAAUAUCAGCGGGAGCGGGAGGAAAGGAGGGAACGCCGAAGGCGCCGAGGAGGGCGAACUUCGGGAGGGGCUUCAAGGGGAAGAAGCCAUGGCGACUCUAGGGCCCACGUUGAACCACGUGGGGGCCGGGGUGAUGGAGGUCCAAUCAUAAGGAUCUCCAAGUACAUCAAAGAGGCACGAGACUUGGGGUGCAAACCGUUCGAUGGAACGGGUGACAUCUCCAUUUCGGCGCAGUGGAUCAAGAGGCUGAAUGAGGCGGCCCUGGACAUGCAACUCACCCCCGAAUAUAAGCUAAGGGUUGCGGUGAGGUUACUUGAAGGUAUGGCGUCCAAGUGGUGGGAUGGGACCAAAAGCAAAUAUGGUGAGACCGUCACUUGGGAGAAUUUCCGAGAGGAAUUCUUCGCACAAUACUACUCGGAUUUCGAGGUGAACAAGAAGGUGAGGGAAUACACCCUUCUAACCCAAGGGGGUAACAUGACGGUGAGGGAACUUGAGUUCAAGUUCAGGGAUCUUGCCGACUACAUACCUGAGUAUGCUUGUGAUGAGAAUCGGAUGGUGAACCACUUCUGGGAUGCUCUAGACUUGGAAAUACGCGAUAGGGCAACACAAUUGCCAAACAUGACGUUUGCUCAAGUGGUUGACCAAGGGUUGAAAGGGGAGAAACAGUGGGAGGAGAGGAAGAGGAGAGAUGCCGAAGAGGCGAAAAAGAGAAAGGGGGAGAGUCAUGGCCCUCAAGGUUCCAAUAAAAAGGGAAACCAUGGAGGAGGAUCUUUCCGAACACCACCGCCCCCACCUAAGGGGAACCAAGGCCCGAAUGGACAAGGAUCACGGACCUCGGGGGUAGCUCGGUGCAAUAAUUGCAAAAGGAGCCACUUUGGCAAGUGUCGUGACCCUCCUAAAUGCUUCCAAUGUGGGGAUGCCGGGCAUUUGAAGAUGAAUUGCCCACAAUUGGGUGGGUCAAGGUCAUCGGGACCAAGUAGCGGGGCUACGGGAACAAAAAACCAAGCCCGGGGUUCCCAAUUAACAAGGGGACAUGGGGGAGCAAACACGAGCAACGCGCCAUCCAUGAACCAAGGGAGGACCCAGGCUAGGGUCUAUGCGAUGACGGAGGCGGAUGCUCAAGCUAACCCGGACUCCGUCGCAGGUUGAGGCUAGAGCUUGCUUCCUGUGCCCGUUGCUCGGGUGAUCCUUUGGAGAGAAGACGUGGUUCGUGCUUUCUCCAUUCCGUUUUGAACAAUAUUAAACAUGCUCAUGGAUAUUUUACUUUAGAGCCUGCGUGCUCAUGAAUAGCCCUGUGUGGCCCUUUUGUUUUAAACAAUGUUUUCCGCUGCGUUAUGAAUUACUUAUUAUGUUUGUUUAUGGAUGUUAUACGUGUGAAUGAUAUUCAAGACGCCUUGUAUAAUAUGAAUGUGUUGGACUGCGGUUGACUAUUCGUAUUGUACGGCGGGUUGUUGACGUGUCCGGGGAGGUCCGGGGCGUGACAAUAUAUAUAAAGUAAGUAUACUUUCAAAAGAGGGUAACCACGGGUUAUGACCUAUAAUAUAAUAACAUCCUAGAUUGAGGGUCUUGGAAAUUGAAACUUUGAUUAUACUUAGUAUAGUUGUCAUUGUACUUGUCAAAUGCUUCCAAGUACUGACCUCCCCUUCACGGGGGAGGCCACCUCACAGUUUCAGGUAGAACUUGAAGGGUGCUACCAUCACCGUUGCUUCGGGCGGAUUAUCAAGGAGAGGAGACGUGGUUCGUGCUUCCUCCGUUUCUGUUUUAAAACAUUCAAAUUAAUGCUCAUGGAUACUAUUUUCCGAAUAAUUAUUUAGGGCUUGCACGCCCGUGUUUGCCACGUGUGGCUCGAAUGCUUGUAUUAAUAUUUCCGCUGCUUAAUUAAAUGAUUUACAUUGUGAUUGUUUAUGGAUGUACUAAUGUGAAUGGUAUUCAAGACGCCUUGUAUAGUAUGGAUGAGUUGGACUGCGGUUGACUAUUCGUACUGUACGGCGGGUUGUUGACGUGUCCGGGAAGAUCCGGGGCGUGACAAGUAUGACAAGUAGGAAAGUAAUUAGUACGACAAAUACCAGAACUGAGAUUACACGAUACCGAACCUGAGACACCAUUGUAUGGAAACCACGAGCAACAGGAACUGUCUAUCCAGAGGUGGCACCAUAAGGUGGUUGUCCACCAAAAGGCUGCGGUUGGUGCUGCUAGAAAUAUCCGCGACCACGACCUCGACCACCCGUGCCACGAGAGGCGCCACCAUGCACUCCCUCUGCCAGAAGAUGCUGAUGAGAUGGACAGGGCGCCCGCGAAAAUUGGCCGCAACAUGUCCAAUGUAGCAUUCCCCGGAAAGUAAGAUAUAGCCGUGAUGAGGGACUCAUACUCAGGAACCAAGCCAAGUAUAGCAUACUCGAUAAAGUCCUGACUGCUGACCGCGGAAUUUAUAGGCAUACUAAUUUAUGUGCAUUUAAUAAUAGUUAUACUGUGGGAGCAACCCAUUGUGAGUAUGGUGCUCCCACAGCUAAAACACGCG